GAUCUUUGUGCUUUCCUCACGUGCCCUUUCUUGGUGGCCUUGACAGGACAAGGUGGGGCCCACCCAUGAGCUGGUCCAGAGUCUCAUCUCCACCUACUCCACCAUGGAUGCCAAGAUGGCUUCAAGUCGAGUGAUGCUGUUUUCCGAUUCCAAACCACUUGGGUCAGAGGCUAUAGAUAAUCAAGGGGACAAGUUCUCACUAUGUUGCCUAGGCUGGUCUCGAACUCCUGGGCUCAAGCAAUCCUCCCGACUUGGCCUCCCAAAAUCCUGGGAUUACAUAUGUGAGCCACUAUGCCUGGCCUGUUAUUCCUAUAUUCUAACUUAUCCAUCUCUUAUGUGUCAGAGAUGGCUUUGGAUUCCCUGUUCUGCGUGCUCCUGCCUGGCUCCUGAACCCAGCUGGAGAGGUGUGUCAAUCCCAACUGGUGAAGUACUGAGAGGAAGCUGCACAAAAGGCAGCAAGCUGAGUGGUGUCAUUGAGCAAACACAAAGUGGGGCUCAUCGAGGGAUGAGAUUUUGCCAGAGAAAGGACGAGCAGCAAGUCAGGGAGCUUAAGUUGCUCCUUCACAUGUUCCCACUCUCUGUGCGGCCACCAUGUAAGUCGGACCUGCCCUUCUGCCACGAUUGUAAGUUUCCUGAAGGACUUCUCCUUCUGCCAUGAUUGUAAGUUUCUUGAGGCCUCCCCAGCCAUGUGAAACUGAGUCAAUUAAACCUCUUUCCUUUAAAAAUUACCCAACCUCAGGUAUUUCUUUAUAUCAGUGUGAAAACGGACUGCUAUACUUUCUGAUAAUCAUGCUUCAGGAAUUGGGGAAUUCAGACUACCUGGGAUCAAACUAUGGCCCCACCCUUAGCAGUCGUGUGACCUUAGGAAGGUUACUUACCUUCUCCGUCUCAACAACUUCUGUAAAAUCUGUAACAUCAGAUUGUUUCUGAGGGUUAAAUGAGCAUAGCACAGUGGGGACACUGUCAGGCAGACACUGCUUGCCAGAUGUCGAGUAUUCAUCUUUAUUGAACUCAUUGUAUGGCUCUCGAUUUUGUAUGACAAAAUCAUGCUUAGUGCCUUGUUAGUAAAAGAAAGAAAAUCUGAAAGUCCCUGCCAUGGAAGGAAGAAAUAGCGGGGAGAAAAGGGAGUUGGUAAGUUUCAGCAUUUCAGAGCUUGGAGGGACAAGUUAGGUUUCUAUUUUAUGGAGAAGGAGGUGGAGGCAGGAUGGGUCCUAAGGUGUCAUUCAAGACACACAGCCAUAACUCUUUAUUGAAAGUAGAGCUAGGGCCCCAGGGAUUGCUGUGGUCAAGUUGCAGACAAAAAUGACCACUCAUUGGAAGACAGGAGAGGAGUGUUUAGUUACAAAAGCAGUCAACAAUUCAGGUGUAUCUAUAUUCAGUCAGCAAAUAAAAGUUGUUCAACUUGGUUGCUAAUGGGACCCACUCUACUGAGGCUUUGUAUAGAACUCAUAGAGGAAGAUGGCUUCAAGUAACGAACUACCCUGUACUUUUCUUAGGACUAAAAUCUCAGGAAGCUGGUGAUGAAUGAAAACCUUAGUCCCACUGGCACUGCACAAGGGACAAGGAGAGCAGCAGCAUCAUAAGCCACAGGGUGGGGCAGCCCAGGCAGGGGCAUUCUGAGCUGUGGGGGAGGGGUGGCAGCCAGGGUGGGGCAUUGUGAGCUGUUGGGGAGGGCAUUGUGAAGUGUGGGGUGGGGCAUUGUGUGUCACAUGCCUGGGCUCCCAACUGGGCCAGUGGGCUUCAGUCUGUAGGUGACUACAGAAGGAGGAGGAGCUCCGUCUGUUCUCUCUUCAGGCAGUUGUUGUGUCUCUCAGCGCUUGUUGGGUUCACAACCUAUUAAAUAAGCCGGCUGGUCUUCACCCUCCCAGACAAGUCAACUCAGGGGAGGCGGCAGGGUGUGGGCCUUGGCCCACAGCCCUAGCUGGGGCCGGGGCCAGGGCUGGUGCCCGGGGCUGGGCUGUGAGGUGGGCAGGCGAGGAGUGGGAAGACCAUCUCUGCAAGUGCAGCACAGCCUUGGCCUAGGACAGCGGGAGUGCGUGGCCAAAGCUGUGAGCAGAGGCACAGGUGGUGGCAGACAGUAGAGGCGCCCCAUGGGGAACAUACUGACCUGUUGUGUGCACCCCAGCGUCAGCCUCGAGUUUGACCAGCAACAGGGGUCGGUGUGUCCCUCUGAAUCUGAGAUCUAUGAGGCAGGAGCUGGGGACAGGAUGGCAGGCAAGCCCAUGGCUGCUGCUAUACAGCCUGCUGAGGUGACUGUUGAAGUUGGUGAGGACCUUCACAUGCACCACAUCCGUGACUGGGAGACGCCUGAAGCUUUGGAGCUUAACCUUUCUGCCAAUCCAGAGGCAAGCACAAUAUUCCAGAGGAACUCUCAAACAGAUGCUUUGGAGUUUAACCCUUCUGCCAAUCCAGAGGCAAGCACAAUAUUCCAGAGGAACUCUCAAACAGAUGUUGUAGAAAUAAGAAGAAGCAACUGUACAAACCAUGUACCUACUGAGCGUUUCAGUCAACAAUACAGCUCGUGUUUGACAAUAUUCCUUGAUGACAGCACAGCCAACCAGCCUUAUCUUACAAUGACAAUAAUAUCUGUGACCUUGGAGAUACAUCAUCAUAUCACACAAAGAGAUGCAGAUAGAUCUUUGAGCAUAUUUGAUGAACGGUUAUACUCAUUUACGGUUUCCACUGUGCACAUUACCCAGACAAGAAAUGGAGGUGGGAGUUUAAGUAACCAUUCCUCCUCCAUUCCAUCGACUCCCAGCACCAGCCAGGAGGACCUUCAGAUCAGUGUUCCUCCCACUGCCAACACACCCACGCCCAUUUGCAAGCAGUCCAAGCGCUGGUCCAACCUGUUUACAUCUGAGAAAGGGAGUGACCCAGACAAAGAGAAGAAAGCCCCAGAGAGUCAUUCUGACACCAUCGGGAGCAGCAGAGCCAUCCCCAUUAAACAGGGCAUGCUCUUAAAGCGAAGUGGGAAAUGGCUGAAGACAUGGAAAAAGAAAUAUGUCACCCUGUGUUCCAAUGGCAUGCUCACCUAUUAUUCAAGCUUAGGUGAUUAUAUGAAGAAUAUUCAUAAAAAAGAGAUUGACCUUCAGACAUCUACCAUCAAAGUCCCAGGAAAGUGGCCACCCCUGGCCACAUCGGCCUGCGCGCCCAUCUCCAGCUCUAAAAGCAAUGGCCUAUCCAACAACAUGAACAGUCUACGUAUCUCAGCCAAUUCAGACACCGAGCUGGGUGACUCCAUAUGCUUCAGCCCCAGUAUCUCCAGCACCACCAGCCCCAAGCUCAACCUGCCCCCCUCUCCUCAUGCCAGUAAAAAGAAACACCUAAAGAAGAAAAGUACCAACAAUUUGAAAGACGAUGACCUGUCCAGCACUGCUGAGGAACAAGGAGAAAACUUUAUCAUUGUGUCCGUCACUGGCCAAACAUGGCACUUUGAAGCCAUGACAUAUGAGGAGCGGGAUGCCUGGGUCCAAGCCAUCGAGAGCCAGAUCCUGGCCAGCCUGCAGUCAUGCGAGAGCAGUAAAAGCAAGUGCCGGCUGACCAGCCAGAGCGAGGCCAUGGCCCUGCAGUCGAUCCAAAACAUGCGUGGGAACUCCCACUGUGUGGACUGUGAGACCCAGAAUCCUAAGUGGGCCAGUUUGAACUUGGGAGUCCUCAUGUGUAUUGAAUGCUCAGGAAUCCACCGCAGUCUUGGCACCCGCCUUUCCCGAGUGCGAUCUCUGGACCUUGAUGACUGGCCAGUUGAGCUCAUGAAGGUUAUGUUAUCUAUUGGCAAUGACCUAGCCAACAGCAUCUGGGAAGGGAGCAGCCAGGGGCGGACGAAACCCUCAGUAGAGUCCACAAGGGAAGAGAAGGAACGGUGGAUCCGUUCCAAAUAUGAGCAGAAGCUCUUUCUGGCCCCACUACCCUGCACGGAGCUGUCCCUGGGCCAGCACCUGCUGCGGGCCACCGCUGAUGAGGACCUGCGGACAGUCAUCCUGCUGCUGGCACAUGGCUCCCGGGAAGAGGUGAAUGAGACCUGUGGGGAGGGAGACGGCUGCACGGCGCUGCAUCUGGCCUGCCGCAAGGGGAAUGUGGUCCUGGCACAGCUCCUGAUCUGGUACGGGGUGGACAUCAUGGCCCGAGAUGCCCACAGGAACACAGCGCUGGCCUACGCCCGGCAGGCCUCCAGCCAGGAGUGCAUUGACGUGCUUCUGCAGUACGGCUGCCCCGACGAGUGUGUGUAGUAUCUGUUUAAUUUGACUGCAGUCUCCUUGGUGCAAAAACAAAAUGAGGAAAAUAAAGAUAACUCAGAAUUUCAAAAGGAAAUCACAAAUUCAGCUAAUAAUAGCAUUUUCAGUACUUUUUGUAAACUAAGUAAAUACACAAAAUGUUGACUUUUCUGACCAUAAGACAUAUUUUAUGUCCUUUUGCCGAGGUGGAUGUGUUAGUCUCAGGCCCUCCUGGGCCACAUUGCCCAAGUCAGACAGGGUUCUGUAUUACGUAUUUAUAUAAGAUGUGUGAAAAUAUAUUUGAAAAAAAGUUCAUAAAUAUGCAUUGAUUUUUUUACACAUGGCACCUCUUUUUUGUUUUUCUUUUUUUUUUUUUUUUUUUUGAUGGUGUUUUGCUGUGUUGCCCUGGCUGGAGUACAGUGGCACGAUAUCGGCUCACUGCAAGCUCUGCCUCCUGGAUUCACACCAUUCUCCUGCCUCAGCCUCUCAAGUAACUGGGACUACAGGUGCCUGCCACCACACCCGGCUAAUUUUUUGUGUUUUUAGUAGAGACGUGGUUUCACUGUGUUAGCCAGGAUGGUCUCCUGACCUCAUGAUCCACCUGCCUUGGCCUCCCAAAGUGCUGGGAUUACAGGCAUGAGCCACCAUGCCCGGCCCAUGGCACCUCUCUUAAUUUAUAAAUUGAACUGGAUGUGAACUAAUAAUGUCAGCUAGUUGAGAUAAGAGGGUUACAGAUCAGCUGGGUGCAGUGGCUUACACCUCUAAUCCUAGCACUUUGGGAGGCCUAGGCGGGCUGAUCACCAGGUCAGGAGAUCGAGACCAUCCUGGAAAACAUGAUGAAACCCCACCUCUACUAAAAAAUACAAAAAAUUAGCUGGGCGUGGCCGGGUGUGGUGGCUCACACCUGUAAUCCCAGCACUUUGGGAGGCUGAGGCAGGUGGAUCAUGAGAUCAGGAGAUGAAGACCAUCCUGGCUAACAUGGUGAAACCACGUCUCUACU